UUAAAGCAUAUCCGCGAAGACCCUCCUUUUUUGUGCGAAAUAUUGUGGCAAGAAAAUCGGAGCACUAACAGUGGCAUUCAUCGCCAAGGGGUUUAGGAUACCAUACCAUCCAGUCAUUAAUAUUUGCUCAAAAUUUAAGGGCCUAAGUCAUUUCAUCAUCUCCACUCAGAUGCGCAGCAAUUUUAGCUUAAGUCCAAUGAAUUUUUCUGACUAACUUGUGAAUUUCUCACGACCUGGCAGCCGCAGUCCAAUCAGGUUUGAGUUCAUAAUGGAGAACCAAGGAGAGGAGGACAACUCACGAGCAGUAGCUGCUGCUGAAACAGCUAAGUCUGUCAUUCCGAAUGUAGCUUCCAAGGCAAUUCCUGUAAUUCCAAAUCCUCACAGGGAGUUGGUAACGAAUACAGCCCCUGUCUCAGCCAGCACUGAGGCGGGUAUCAUUCCAACCAUCCAGAAUACCGUCAGCUCAGUAGAUCUAGGUUGUCAGUUAGAUUUAGUCAAAAUCAACAAUCAAGUACGGAAUUCAGAGUACAACCCAUCUAGAUUUUGUGGGGUCGUCAUGAGGUUGAGGGAGCCGCGUACCUCUGCGCUUGUGUUCCGUUCCGGGAAAAUGGUCGUAACUGGUGCAAGAGAUGAAAAUUCUGCAAAUUUAGCUUCAAGAAAAUUUGCUAGGAUCCUCCAAAAAUUAAAUUUUCCAGUGAAAUUCAUCAAUUAUAAAGUACAUAAUGUAGUAGCAACUUGUGAUCUAAGGUUUCCUAUUCGUCUUGAGAAUCUGAAUCAACUCCAUGGACAAUUUUGCAAUUACGAGCCUGAACUGUUUCCGUCACUGAUUUACCGAAUGGUGAAGCCUCGUGUUGUGCUCUUAAUUUUUGUCAACGGAAAGUUGAUUGUCACUGGUGCCAAAAGUAAAGCAGAGAUCAUCGAGGCUCUUGACACUAUUGUUCCUGUUUUAAGGAGCUUCCGCAAAGUCUGAAAUCCAACGUCUUUUGGUCAUCUAACUUUCAUCUCAUCAUAGGUUCUCUUGUUUCCAUUCAAUUUUCACAUCAUUUAUCAUCGUGUUUUCCUCUUCCUUAAUUUUCUACAUGAAUUUAGAAUCAUAUUUAUAAUAAUUGAAAGUUAAUUGUUGCUCUGAGAAACUCUGAAGCAAGACCACUCCACACGAAUCGGUUUUUCCUGUGGGUGAGUUUUGAGACCCUACCGCAUAUUGGCAGGGAAAGUUUAAAUUUAAUGUAUAUUUUAUUCCGGUCAAGUAAAGAUCAGGCGAUAAAGUAUAACUCAAAAACAUGUGGAGUGACUGGUACGAGUGGAUUGGUCUUCAUCCAGAGCUUCCAAUGGGUUAGUUGCACCUAUUUUUUUAAAUUAAUUUUCAUAAAAUGCUGAGUAAAUAGAGUCUCCUGUAAUUUUUUUUUUUUAUUAUUUUUCUGACUCAAAUUGACAGAGAAAAACAAUUUUAAAGUCACCAAAAUCUGGAUUUGUUAGACACAACAUUUUCGGCAGUCUGCUAUGAUGUAGGCAGGUAAGAAAGUCUGCAUUUGUGUAGGCCAGAUUUUAAUUAGCUUUUUCUUCCGGACGAAGUGGUUUUUCAACUUUUUUAAUUGACCUUGUAGUUUUUUUGAUGAAAUGAUACUGUCAGAUACACUGCAAAAAUUUUAUGCCUCGAACUCAUUAACUUUAGUUUUUUCAGUUCCUUCUGUUUCUUUUUUGUUAUUAUUUGUGAAUAAAAUGUUAAUUAUUGUUCUAAGCUUA